AUGAAUCAUGAAACAACUUUCGGGGACUCGAAUCAGGGGUUUCAGUUGGGUGUCAACUAUGGAUCAGUUACAAACGAAUUCCAUUCGCAUGGUGGUGAGUUGAUCUAUGGAUAUGAGCCUUCCUUAGGACCGGAAAAAGCUAACAGGAAGAUGAAAGAUCGACAACGCGCAGACCAGGCAUGUCUACGCGAUUUGAAAACCAGUGACCCCCGCGAAGAUAAAGAUCGCAUUGAAGAAAUCAAGGGAGGUCUGCUUAAAGACGCAUUCCAGUGGGUGCUUGAUAACGACGAAUUCAAUGACUGGCGGAAGGAUGAGGGGAAAAGAAUUCUCUGGAUAAAGGGCAAUCCUGGCAAAGGGAAAACAAUGCUGCUCUGCGGACUUCUUGAUGAGAUGCCAAAGCUAGACACAGAAUCCGAACUGGCGUUCGUUUUUUGUCAAGCAAAUAAUGCGCAUAUGAACGAUGCGACCGCUGUACUUCGCGGUAUAAUCUAUAUGCUUGUCACGCAAAAGCCCGCUUUGCUCCACCAUGUAGGAGCCGAGUACGACAAAAGCGGUAAAGAUUUGUUUGAAGGCAUCAAUGGAUGGUGGGCUUUGGUGAAGAUAUUCACAAGUAUUUUGGAACAGUUACCGAAGGCUUGUAUCGUUGUUGACGCUCUCGAUGAGUGUACAUCGAAUCUGACACAUCUUCUGGACCUGAUCUCAUCCAAAACUGCAAUCUUCCCACGGGUCAAGUGGAUAGUUUCCAGUCGACCAUGGCCUGUGAUUGAAGAACGACUCAAAAAUGAGCCGCGCAAGUUAGUUCUCUCGUUAGAAGAUAACGACAAACCGAUUUCUUCCGCCGUUGCGAAGUACGUUGGCUACAAGGUCAGCGAACUGGCAAAGCUCAAGGGCCAUGACUCAACAACACAAGAAGCCAUUCGGACACGCUUGCUCUCGGGAGCAGAAGGAACCUUCCUCUGGGUAGCUUUGGUCUUUGAAGAUCUGGCCAACGCUGAACCAUGGAAUGUGGUGCAAGUGCUGGACUCACUUCCCCAAGGCCUAGAUGCGCUGUACCGGCGCAUGGUGAACAAAAUCAACGACUCUAAAGACUCGAAGCUUUACAAACAGAUAUUAAGUGUCAUUCUUACUGUUUAUCGGCCUAUCACUAUCGAUGAAGUGUUUCAUCUUGCUGACUUGUUUGAAACCCGCUCUCAAGCUUAUUCGAUUGCUAUCAUAGAGUCGUGUGGCUCUUUCCUCGUUAUUCGCCGAGGUACUAUCUUCUUUGUGCAUCAAUCCGCACCUGAAUAUCUGCUUCAGAAUGCUCGUGACGAAAUAUUAUCUACCGGUGUCGAGUUCACACAUAGCAUGAUAGCUCGUCAGUCUUUGAGAACUCUGUCCAAAGAACUCAAAAGAGACAUGUAUGACAUCAAAGAUCCAGGGUGCUUGAUUGAUGAUAUAAGGAAACCCGAACCGGAUCCUUUGACGCCCGUAAGAUACGCUUGCAUUGCCUGGGUUGAUCAUCUCGAAGCUGCACUGGCAGUAGAUUCAAACGAUGCCUCAGAUUCCAAUAGUUUCUUUGGGUCCGAAGGCCUUGUUGCUGAGUUUUUGUCUCAUAAAUAUCUCACAUGGCUUGAAGCCUUGAGUAUCCUCGGAAGUGUAUUUGAAGGAAUCUCUGCCAUGCUGAAGCUCGAAGGCUUGCUCAAGGUUAGUCUCACAUUUAAUACUAGUAAAGGAAGCGAGCCGCUCUAA